UACAUAAAGUCAAGAUGGCACGUUUUCCAGCUCAGGAAAUAUUUUCUCUUUGCAUAUUGGUCGUGUUUUUAUUGUUUGAGGAAUGUCACGCUCACCUUUGUCUUAUAAGUCCUGCACAAAGAGGUUCUCUUGCGGGAAUUAACAAAGAAGGUAAUGAUAACUGCUUCCAAGUUAAAGGACCUUGUGGAAAACUCCCAGAGAGUAAAGAUGGUGUUAUUGUAAGACCAGGGCAAAUGUUGAGUGUAACAUUUCAGAAGAAUUUGGACCAUUUUCUGAGUUCUUCUCCUGGUAACUUUACAGUUGGCUUUGGACGUGCCACCACAUUUCAGACACUUACUACGAUACCAGACAAGGGAGAGAAAUCAUUGACUCUGUACACAGCUCUGGUGAAAAUCCCGCUGGUGAAAGGAAACUAUGCUAUUCAGGUGAUAUACAACACCAAUAACCCUAAAGCUCCACCACAGUUUUUCCAGUGUGCAGAUAUCAUGGUAGGAAAUCUGUAAAAGUCUGACAGAUACACACACAGAUGAAGAACAUUCCUUUAAGAUACUGUUUUUUCUGUCUUAAUCAAUAAUCAUUGAUCUGUUAA